CGAUAGAGAGAGAUAGAGGCGAGGAAGAUGAAAAAUUGAUCGCCGAUUGGCUUGAAACCUUGAAUAGAUGCUACUGGGAAGCUUGAAGUCGGCUAAUUGUGGUUUACGCUAAUAGAUCUGUCGCCAUUGGAUUUGGGAAUGUCGACAAUUGAUACGUCCACCGGCUUGGUAAACUCCAGCAGCACUGCUCCCUGAACUGCAGCCAAGGCCAAAAUUGGAGGCUAGAAGCCAACUAAUUGUGAUCCAUUUGAUUCUUUUCUUAUCGUCUUUCAUCUGUCAAGCUAUCAAUGAAGAAAAAUCGCAAGGCAAAGACCAAUUCCAACUCCAAGUUAUUGAAAUCCCAAAAGAAGAAACUGGCUAGGCUCAAGGAAGACAAGGAAAAAGCUGCCCUUUUGUCUAAAAGCUUGGAGACCUUGGCGAAGUACAAAAUUGAUAAUGAUUCUUAUUCACUUUUGAGCUCUUCUAGGAACUUGGGUCAGGUUGAGACUACCCGGGAUAAGAGGAGAAGAGAAGUUCAAUAUUCUAAAGCAGGUUUAGUAGUGCCAGGCGGUGAUCCUCCAUUGAAGAAGAACAAGAAUUCUGCUAGUAGCAUAUCGUGUGAUAUUGAACAAGAAUUUGAUGAAACUAAAUCACAUAUUCCAGUUGUUACUGACUAUAUGUUGCAGCCACCAGUAACCAAAAUAGAUACCCUAUCUGAGGCAUCUGGUCUAGAAACUUGCAAACCUCGUGCUUUUGAUGGAGAUUCUGCCACAGUAGUUAGAGAUGUGGCAAAUGAAAAGACUGAUCUUUUAAGGGCUGAAGAUUUGCAAAGCCCAAUGCCCACCCCAAGUUAUAGUGAUGAUGAAACGAAAAGAUUAAAGCCUGGAAUUGAUAUAAAACAAAAUGCUGACCUCACUGCCUGUCCACCCCAAAGGUCUUUACUUGCCCCGACUGUUGUGCAUGUUACUAGACCAAAGGAGGUUGAAGAAAAAAGGAAAGACCUUCCAAUAGUCAUGAUGGAGCAGGAGAUAAUGGAAGCCAUAAAUGAGAAUACUUGUGUAAUUAUAUGCGGUGAGACUGGUUGUGGCAAGACUACCCAAGUUCCACAGUUUCUUUACGAAGCUGGAUUUGGAUUGCAUGCUGGAAGAGGUGGAAUUAUUGGUGUAACCCAGCCCCGCCGAGUUGCUGUACUUGCAACUGCCAAACGGGUGGCAUUUGAGCUUGGUUUCCAUCUAGGAAAAGAAGUUGGCUUUCAAGUUAGGCACGACAGGAAGGUUGGGAAUAAUUGCUCAAUCAAGUUCAUGACGGAUGGAAUUUUACUUCGAGAAGUGCAGAAUGAUUUUCUAUUAAGGCGUUACUCAGUCAUAAUCUUGGAUGAAGCUCAUGAGAGGAGCUUAAACACAGAUAUACUUGUUGGGAUGCUUUCUCGUGUGAUAAGAUUGCGCCAGCAUGAAUUUGAGGAGCAGCAGAAGAGGGUACUAUCAGGACAUAUUAUAAGUAGUGAAGAAAAAAUAUAUCCGUUGAAACUUGUGCUGAUGAGUGCCACGCUUCGUGUUGAGGAUUUUGUUGCCAGUGGAAGAGUUUUUCAUGAUCCCCCACCUGUAAUAGAAGUCCCGACUCGUCAGUAUCCAGUCACUACACACUUCUCCAAGAGAACUGAAAUUGUAGAUUAUGUUGGCCAAGCUUAUAAGAAAGUGUUGUCUAUCCACAAGAGACUUCCUGCCGGGGGCAUACUUGUCUUUGUAACUGGACAGAGAGAGGUGGAGUUCUUGUGCCGUAAGCUACGCCAAGCUUCUAAGGAUAUAAUUAAGAAAAAUGGCAAUCUAGAAAAUGAGUCACUGCCUAUACUGAGACCUGGUGAAGAAAAUGAUAUGGAGGAGAUAAGCAAGGCAUUUGAGGUAAACAAAAGCUCAAAUCUUGAAAUAACUGAACGGUUUAAUUCCUAUAAUGAGGAUUAUCCGGAUGCCUGCGCAGAUGAAUCAGACUGUUCCUAUGAUUCAGAGGAUGAUAGUGAUCUGGAAUAUUCUUCUGAUUUCGAUGAUCAGCUAAAUCAGAAUCCGUUGGAGUCUGAUGGAAUCCUUGAUUCACUAAAGGCUGCUUUUGAUGCUUUGUCUGCAAAGAAAGCCUUAGUAUCAAACACUGCGAGUGAAUCAAAUACACGGAGCGUUCCUCCAUGUGUGGGGCCCAUGUGUGUUUUACCACUAUAUGCAAUGCUUCCUGCAUCUGCUCAACUUCGUGUGUUUGAAGAGGUUAAGGAAGGUGAGCGGCUUGUCGUUGUUGCUACCAAUGUAGCUGAGACAUCUUUGACAAUUCCUGGCAUAAAGUAUGUGGUUGACACAGGUAGAGAAAAGGUGAAAAAGUACAACUUGUCAAAUGGGAUGGAAAUGUUUGAAGUGCAGUGGAUAAGUAAGGCCUCGGCUUCCCAAAGAGCUGGUAGGGCAGGAAGGACUGGACCCGGUCAUUGCUAUCGCCUUUAUUCUUCAGCGGUCUUCAAUGACAUUUUCGCUCCAUUCUCAGAUGCUGAAAUAUUGAAAGUGCCCGUUGAUGGCGUUGUGCUCCUCAUGAAGUCCAUGCACAUUGACAAGGUUACUAAAUUCCCUUUCCCAACUCCUCCUGAAGCAACUGCCUUGACUGAAGCAGAACGGUGCUUAAAAGUUCUACAAGCACUUGAUGUCAACGGGUGGCUGACGGGAUAACCAUUCCGGUACCGUGCCAAGGGUUACUCAGGUGCAGUGAGGGCGUACGAGGAGUGUCAAUAAGUCUGCUACGUUUUC